GCGGACUAUCCCAUGGUGGCAAAAUCGAAUAUUGCUUAAAGUCAUGUGUGGGCCUUUGUGGCUGACCGUACCAUGAUCAAGAGAUAUUCGCAGACUAUCCCCCCUACUCUAGUACACCUAUACCAGACUUAGACUCGCUCGGUCGACCGUUCUAUGAUAACAUGCUUCCGCGGCUCUGGAUUGUCCCUUUCCUAGCCCAGUACUCUCUCGCUGGAUGUCCUGCCGUGCCUCUUCCGCAACCUGACAUCUGGCCCGAUGGCAAAUUCUUCUACCCAAAUGGGGCGCCCCAGUGUUUCUCACAAGGCUCCGUCAUGAAUAUCAGUUGGGAAACCAAGUACAAGACCACCAAUCUGUAUCUGGUCCACGGCGACAACUACGACGAUCCAGUUGCCCUGUCAUUGAAUACAGCAUCUACAUGGCACGAAUGGAGAGUCGGGUACCCUACGCGAGACGACUCUAAACCGUUUGUUUUCCGACUGGUCAACGCACAGGGUUCGAGUGAAGACCAGGCAGUUGGAGGCAUCUGGAGCGCCCGAUUCUGGAUCGGUUGGAAUCAAGAGGCGUCCUCCAGCUCCACCCUUACCCCUACUCCUACAUCCACACCCACACCCUCACCCACGGAAUUUGGCGCUGUGACGACCAGACCAUAUACGAACACUAGUGCCACUCCCUCCGCCUCGCCGUCGAAUACCCCAGAAUCAAAUAGUGAGCUCUCCUCGCAUGACAAAGCCCUCGCAAUAGGAAUUGGUGUUGGCUUGGGUGUACCUUUCUGCGGCGCUGUUAUCGGUGCCUUGGUCUUCCUGCAAAGACGAAGAAAUCGGCGCCCAUCCAUCGAGCAUGGCGAGCCCUGCGCAGCACCUGACUCUGAGAAGAGUUGCACCAAUUCGGCUGUGCCAGAGGUUAUGUGUCUCGAUGGUACGCCGGUGUAUGAACUGUCCGGCGAAAGUAGCAUAAAGGAGGCAGACAGUAGUCAUGUUCGAUAUGAGCUUGCUUGAUAUGAUUGUACUGUUUUGUUCGACAAAAGGAGAGCUGAAAAGGAGCUACCAGUAAUGAUAU